AUGUAUUCUCCAAUUCUCUUUGCCCUCUCUCUGGCUGGAACCUUGGGUCUAGCAGCCGCCGAUGGCGCCCCUGUCUUCGCCGUGACCGUCUACUCGGAAGCAGACUGCCAAGGAGACUCAGUUGUCGAAUACAUUGGCACCAACAGGGACUAUUGUUUUGGUUCCCAGGGUGGAAACUCGAUCGGCAGCAUUCAGGCCCUUGACACAAGCCGCUGUGAUAGUGUUGUGACUUACUCUGGCGCCGAAUGCCAGGGCACCUACGCCUCUUUCGCUCCGACCAACACCGCCUGCAACAACGUGCCAUUCGCAUCCCUCCAACUGAAGUGCAACUAA